AUGGAGAAGACGAGACAAUUGAAAGAAAGUAGUCGAAACAAAACAAUAUUAUUAAUUAUAGCAAUCAUAUACUACUAUAUCAUGCCAAAACCAAAAAAGAAAGGAGGACAACAAAAAGUUGUAACAAGAGCAGCCAAGUUUAGAAGUGGACAUAUAAAGAUUAGUAAAAAGGUGAAUCUCACCGAAGAAGAGACACGUUUUAGAAAGCAAAAGUUGGGUGGCAACAAGAUUGAAGAGGAUCAGAGAAAGUAUUUCCUCAAUGCCAUGCAAGAGGUAAAGGAUCUUGCAAAGUCAUCGCUCACUAGAAAGGUCCGAAGAAACAUGGACACUGAAAAGUUGAUCGAUCAAGGUAGAAAGGUGCCCACUCAACAGACACCAUUGGCAACACUUCAACUUCAACGUUCAAAGGAACGUACCACCUAUAGUCUUAGAAUGCAAGAUGCCAUCGUUCAUGGAAAACCAAUGCCCGCCAAACCAGAGUUUAUGAAAACAAAAGAAAAAAGAGAUACUCGUGCAUUGGAUGUUCAUGGUGGAAAAUAUACCAAAGGUACUUUACAUUUGGGUAAAAGAGAUAUUAAAUCUGCUUUCAAAUAA